CAGUCUUCCAGGCCUGAGUUGGUGUGGCGCGCGCAUGCGCAUGCGCGUGUGUUGUUUCCUUAAGGGUUCCUUUCUGGUAUAAGCACUGGAGGGUUGGCAUUACGUGUCUGGAGAGCUGUGUGUGUGACAGAUGGGUGGCUUGGUCAAGUGACAGAGGGAGGGUGGUACAUUGCUGUCUUACACGUCUUACAAAACAGUGGCUGGAUUGUAUUUUCUUCAUGAAAAGGCUCUUAGUUCUUUUUCCUAGUACCCCUUAUACUUGGAAAAAUAAGCUAGGUGUGGUGACUCAAGCCUGAGAGUCCAGGACUUGGAAGACAGACAGACAGACACACAGACAGACAGACAGACAGACAGACACACACACACACACACACACACACACACACACACACACCCCACACCUUUCACUCACACACAGUAAAACUACACAAAACAUAAAAACAACCUUUCAGGGGGUCAGGAGUUGAGGAAACAGGAGCUGGGUGCUUUCCAUCUGCAUCUCCUACCUGCCCCCACACAACGUUCCCGGCAUCUGUUUCCCAAGCUGGAACUUCCAGGAAAGUAGUUUUUCCGUUGUCAGAAUUCAAUUUAGCAUGCAGAGAGCAUAGAUGACUUAACCUUCCAGGCGAGGUUCCUAUCUCAUUCAUGCAAAUUAACUCUGCUCUUCCUGGGGCAGGUUUGUCGUCUCCUAUGAGACUUGUGGCUGAGUCUGCCUUGAAUCAAAAGGCCUGGUUCACUCUUUGCUCUGAGCUCCAGGGACCACUUCCACCAUCAGGAUCUUCUUAUCUUACCUGGUUCUAACACUGCACACCCCGUCCUGCUACCACCAGAGACUGGGUCAUGGAUGAGGCCAGGGAGUUCCCUUUUCAGCGGGUACUUUAAGAAAGCCUUAGCGGUGUAGAAUUUGAGAACCUCCUAGUCAGGGUUCCGUUGCCAGGGGACACAGGGAGACAUAGUGAGACUCCACAACACAGACAGGUCAGAAGUGCGUCUUUGUCAGCCCUCUGGACUUUGACCCCAUGUUUGGCAGCACAAAAGUGCGGACAGAGUAGAGGGGAGAGCAUCAGAGAUGUGGUUGCCAAGUAACUGUGUCAUUCCAAAGGUCUCACAAAUCUGUUCCUAGGAAGAGCAGAGUUAAAACACGAGAUGAAAACCUCGCCAGGAAGGUUAAGUCAGCAACGCUCUCUGCACGCUACUGGAGGAGUUUACAUUUUAUUUUUUUAGUGAUUGUUUAUCUAUUGGUUUGUGUGUAUGUGUCACAUAACACAUGCAUGCCACAGGACAUGGGUAGAAAUCAGUGCAUGGGAUUUGGUUUUCUCUUUCCAUCAUGGGAGUUCUGGGAUUGAAUUGAGGUCAUCAAGCUUGGCUGUGAGCACCUUUACCUGCUGAGCCACCACUGGAGCUUAAAUUCCAUUUGUUUAUUUAAGUUAGUUUCUUGGUUUUUGCCUUUAAGCAGUUAGGCAGGGUUUCAGUCUUUAGCUCAGGCUUCCUUGGAACUCACUAUGUAACCGAGGUUAGCCUGGAACUUCCAGUAUUCUUCUUGCAUCAGGUUACCAAGGGCUAGGAUUACAGGCAUAAGCCAACCGUCCCAUGUUGAGGAUGUUUUUAUUGUUUGUUUGUUUGUUUGUUUGUUUGUUUGAGAUAGGAUUCCAUGUAGUUAGACUGGAACUCACUAUGUAGCUGAUGUGUGACUAACUUUUCAUCCCGUUGCCUUCUACCUCCUGAGUGCUGGGAUGAUGUGCAGACACUCUACACACACACACACACACACACACACACACACACACACACACAGAGAGAGAGACAGAGACAGAGACAGAGACAGAGAGACAGACAGAGACAGAGAGACAGAGGCAGAGACAGAGAGUGCUGUGGAGGAUUUUAAAAAGCUAAUAUGAAGCAAAUCAGACUAACAAAACCUGUAAGAAGCAUACAAAACGCUUGCUGGAUCACUAGGAAAUAAAUAGCCGACCUGCUGCCAUGACUUUUGGAUACUUCCCUUGUCUAUACAAGAGGAUUUUCUCCUGCAUGGUCAUCAGCUCAAAAUGAGGGAGCAACGUAACAUCAGCCAAGUUCAUCUUGAGACCCCGCUGCAGGAUUGCCAAUUGGGUCCAAGACAUCUUGAAGCUUAAAGACAAGCCCUUCUCCCUGGUGUUGGAGGAAGAUGGCACAAUCGUGGAGACAGAAGAAUACUUCCAAGCCCUACCAAGAGAUACAGUGUUCAUGGUCCUGCAGAAGGGGCAGAAGUGGAAGUCCCCAUCAGAACAGCGCAAGAAGAAAGCCCAGCUAUCCCUUUCCCAGAAGCCAACUAAGAAGAUCGACGUGGCCCGGGUAACCUUUGACCUGUACAAGCUGAACCCUCAGGACUUCAUCGGCUGCCUGAACGUGAAGGCAACCCUCUAUGACACAUACUCGCUUUCAUAUGACCUGCACUGCUACAGGGCCAAACGCAUCGUGAAGGAAAUGCUCCGCUGGACUCUCUUCAGUAUGCAAGCCACAGGCCACAUGCUGCUUGGCACCUCCAGUUACAUGCAGCAGUUCCUGGAUGCCACUGAGGAAGAACAGCCCUCCAAGGCCAAGGCCUCCCUCCUCCCUGCCUGUCUGAAGAUGCUGCAAUGAAGACCCCAGUCCUCCUCGGCCACAGAUGUGACUGGGGACCCUGCGCUCUGCUAGUAGCACCCACAAGCCUGGCAGUUGGAGAGCUUCUCACCCGCCUACACCUCUCUCACAGCACAGCAUCAAGGAAAUCUCAGGAAGGGCUGGAGCCCUGGAGUGGGCUGGUCACAGGAGGACUUCCUGGGCUGCCUCAGUUCCUUCUGUUCUAUCUCAGGUACCUUAGAGGACCAACACUUGCCCCUGGCAGGCACCAAGUCUGCCCCUGUGUCGCCAUGUGCUGUCCUCUGUGCCACUCCCUCCUUGGUGCUCCUCGGUGUCCGGCUGCCUACGUUCAUCAUGCAGCAGACAUCGCUAUGGUGGCCCCCAUCAUACCUUGGCCCCAGUCAAGGCAGCAAAACGAGCAACAUGCCACGGCACCAGUCAUACCUAUGGCUAUGGUACCAGAGCGGUUAGCACUCCGUAGUAGAAGAAAAGGAGGGGGCCUCGGGGGUUCUCUCACCUGGGAUUCCAAUUACUCCCUCCAAGCCCCCGCUACACAUGAUCAUGAGGUGUGCUGGGGGGGGGGGUUAGAGGUAGAGUUAAGUGAUGCAGAUUUGGGGGGUCCUGACCUGUGCCAGCCAGGGAGGAACUUUUAGGGAACGCAGAUGAAUCUGCUUCACCCAGGCCCCCCAUAAGAAACCCAGUAAGCUCAUAGGUUCACCAAGCUGGACUUGGAUGGAAUGUGGCUUUGCCUGUCAUUCAUGCUCUUCCUGAACUGAAUGGACAUAGUUCAUGAUCUCCAGGGAAAGUCACACGGUCACCUCUCCUGUUCUCAUUUUCCACUAACGAAUGAACAGCAUUAGAGUCUGCGGUAAAUUAUUUAUGCUGACACCUCA